AUGGAAACCGUCAACGAAAUCAAAGCGGAAGAAGCUGGAGAAACGCCUCACAAGAAAGAUCCCGGCUUCAACUUACUUCGCGCGUCCGCCGAGGUUUCCACCAACCGUCACUUCCUGCGCGACGAACUACUUACGGCCUUGUUCGCCGGCCGUGAUAAUACAGCUAUGGCAUUCACCUGGAUGCUUUACGAGUUGGCACGGCACCCGGAUGUCGUCAGGGAUCUGCGUCAGGAAAUCGAUGCCCAAAUCGAUCUCAACAGUGAACCCGGAUACAAGACUCUGAAGGAUAUGAGAAUACUGUCCAACAUCAUCAACGAAACACUUCGCCUCUAUCCUCCAGUUCCACUCAACACUCGCGCUUGCCUGAAGGAUACCUCACUGCCCCGAGGUGGAGGACCACUUGGGAACAAUCCUAUCGGCGUACUCAAAGGAACAGAUAUAAAUCCAGAGGCAUAUUCCACUGUUCCGGAGGGUUUCCCUCCGGCUGAUGAAUGGUGUCCGAAACGGUGGAACAAUUGGUUCCCAAAACCAUGGGCCUUUGUACCAUUUCACGGUGGCCCUCGCUUUUGCCUCGGCCAGCAGCUGGUGUUGGUAGAGAUGAGCUAUACUUUGGUCCGACUUUUCCAACGUUUUAGUCGACUCGAGCUGCAGAUGGAUGAAGUUGGGACGGCUGAAAAGCAAGCAAAUCCAUGGGUUAGAAGAACAGGCGAGCCCGAGCUUGUGGAGAGGUACAUGCAGAAUCGACCCCGAAUGGUCACUGAGAUUACAUUAUUUCCUAGGGGAGAGAUCUAUACGCCUUCUUUUGCCACUUUCUAA